AUGAAUGAAAACACGCCGCUACUUUCUCGGCAAUCAUCCCGUCAAAGAGCCCAGACAUACCGAGACCGUGUAGUCUUGGUCUGGCAGACAUGGCGAAUUCCGAUCCUAUGCUACGUCGCUGCACUACUCCUCAACUUUGCAGAGACCAUGCGCGCAACGCCAAAGACACAACUCUACGAAUCGAUUCUUUGCGAACGAUAUUAUAAGCUGAAAUCGGAGAGUCCCCUUGGACCGGCGGUCGAGAUCACCGAUCGCAUGUGUAAAGUCCCGGAAGUCCAAGAAGCUCUAGUAUCGUUGCAGGCCUGGCUAAAAAUGGGCGAGAAUUUGAUCGCUCUCAUAUUGGCCAUUCCUUUCGGAAAGCUCUCCAAUACGAAAGGCCGCACGCUUGUUCUGAUCCUCGGCAUCCUUGGUCACACCCUCGCGGAGAUCUGCAUAGUGCUGGUGUGCUAUUUCCACGACAGCGUACCACUCGAAUCACUCUUUAUAUCUGUAGCAUUGCGCUCCCUGGGCGGAGGCGUGAUGGUGGUGUCGGCAAUCGUGCACGCCAUUCUCGCUGACGUGGUUUCGGAGGACCGACGAGCUCAAGCAUUUUUCUAUCUCAUGUCAACGCAGUUGGCAUCCGAGGUGGUUGCGCCGCUCCUGGGCUCUGCGUUGAUGAAGAGAAGUGUCUAUAUGCCUUUACUACUGAGCUUCCCGUUACAGAUCCUUUCUAUUGCAGUCGCCUGGGGAAUUCCGAACUCAACGCGGUGUCCAAAAGAGGGUAACGAUGGGGAGGAGGAUGACCAGGCGGAACACGGACAAGCCACUCAAACGGAGAGUCUUGGAACGCGCAUAGAAUCACUAGCCAGGUUUAUCAAGGACCAAAUGGGGGUUAUCUUGAUCGGGGUAUCGUUUCUUUCGUCGAUGCUUGCGGGAGAAUCGCUGGAUUAUCUGGUCCAGUAUGCGUCGAAGAAAUUCGAAUGGACUCUUGCUGAGGCAAAUUACCUUGUCUCCUUCCGAGCCAUCGCCAACUUGGUUCUCUUCCUGCUCAUUCUCCCGAGUAUCACGCGCACCCUGACAUCCCGCCACCAUUUCUCGCCAAAGGAUGUAGAUCUAUGGACAUCGCGAGUAAGCUCGAUAUUUGGAGUCCUAGGCGCCAUCCUCUUGGGGCUGUCCCCUUCCACAGCAACCGUGACAAUCUCCCUCGUGAUAUUCACCCUUUCCGCCGGAUUCACCCCAUCCAUACAGUCUUACGGGACAUCACUCGUGCGAGUUGUUGACAUUGCACCGUUCUAUUCAUUUCUAGCGGUCGCCCGGAUUGCCGGAACGCUGAUUGGGUCACCUCUUACUGCGGCAGCGUUUAAUUUGGGAUUAAAACUCGGAGGGGCUGGGUUGGGAAUGCACUUUUACGUUUCGGCGGGAUUCUUCAGCAUUGCGGGAAUGGGAGCUUGGGCGGUUGGACUUUUUGACCGUGGGGAGAGGCGGGAAGAAGACGAGGAUGGGGUGUAG